CAUCACAAAGCAAAAGAAAGCUAUUAAUCACUAAAUACAAAGGGGAAACUUGGGUACCUUCAACUUAUGCAGGAGUUUAACACAUUGGUCAUUUUGGACAUUCAAAAUGAUCUCUGCGAAUCAUCCGGACAAUGUCAUUGUUCAAUUAUUUAUAUACGAAACUCAAAUCUACCAGAAAUACCACCAGUAAACUAUCACCACAUCAAGCACAUUCAGUACAAAAAUGGCAUGUCAUUUUCACCAUCUUUCCAUCCCAAUGCCGUGUGACCUACUCCAUUGUAUGCAAAAAUUAUCUUAUAUGAUACCAGAUUUGUCAUCUUCCCCCGCUAAAAAAUAACAGAGCUCUGUUUGGACAUACAAGUAAUUUGUUUGAUUAAAAACAAUUUCCCCUUUUGUCUUGUCAAUUAAAUAUGGAGUGGACACCACUCAAGUUUCUUUGGCUCCUCAAGCAGCCCCUAAAAGCAAAGACAUUGCUGCAGAGGUACAAGAAGGAAUAGACAUAGCCCCAGUGGCAAGCAAACUUUGUGAGGCUAAUCUGCUAGGAAACAUGUGCAAAAAGCAACACAAAAGCAAUAAACACCUUCCCACUUCUCCACUUUUAUAGUCUUUGUUUAUUUCUGUGAUUUGAAGCCUCCAAUUCCAGCUCUAAAGCUGCGCAGUUCUUGCAGAUCCUGUGGCUUAAUUCUAACAUGUGGUUAAUUCUAGCAAAUAAGAAUCACUUGUGUGGGUUGCUAUUUCUCAAACUCAAAUAAAAUUAAAAAUAUUGCAUAAAAUCAAAUAACAUAAGUUUUAAAUAAACAAGAAUUAUAAAAGCCUUAAGAAAGAUAAGUUCACAAAUAAAAAUAAUUAGAGAACUACCUAAAAUUCAUCUAAUUAACUCCACACAGUAAAACAAAAGUUGAUAUAUUAUUUGUUUUUAGGCAAUACUUGAUGUUUUUAAGCUUUUAUAGUGUGCAGACAGGUGAAGCUCACAAAGCUGAGUAACUUCAACUUUUGUUGGAUCACAGCAGGAAGCACCAGUGAUUUAUAGUGGCUUUUGAGAGGGGUUGAAGCAACCCAUUUGAGAAUUCUGCGUUUGCGAUUGCUCAAGUGAGAUGGGCAUUACUGGGGAGCUGGUGAGAAGUGUUUUCUUCAAGAGUAAAGCAAAGAACAGUUCAGUGGAAAAGAGAAAAUGGAGGAGCUCAGUGAGAACUUAUCUCUGUGGAGAUGAGUUCAAUUCAGUUCUUGCUGAGGAAGAUUCAGAUUCAGCCUUCGCAAGGAGCUCUGCUGCAACCAUUACACAUUCGGUGCUCGAGAGCUCGGAAGCAUCCAUUGCUCAGCCAUGUCUGGAGAGCUCCGAGGCCACUGUGACACAGCCAAUUGCAGAGGAAUUAGCUGAAAGAAGUGAAAUUCAGAGCAAAGAAGAAAUGGCAAAGGAGAAGAAGAACUCAACUGCGAAGCUUUUUCGCCGAGACGAUGCAGCGAUAGUGAUCCAAUCGGCAUUUAGACACUUCCUGGCUAGGCGGAGAAACGAAGCGAUCAGGUCAGUGGAUGGAAGUGCGAGCGCACCAUCCGUUGGGACAUCGAUUGAAGUUCAAACCGGAAAUUCGACUGAGGUAUUCUCAACUCGAGAAGAGAUUUCGACGAUCCAGCACCGUUCACAGCAGAAAACCAGGGUUCCGAUGUUAAAGCCAAAGGAAGAUUGGGAUGAUAGCACCGUGAGCAGCAACAUAUCGAAGAUGAGAAUUCAGAACAGGCUGGAGGCGACGACCAGGCGCGAGAGAGCGUUGGCUUAUGCGUUUUCCCAACAGCUACGAAUCUGUUCGAAGAAGAACCAGACCAGAUCGGAAGGCGUUGAGACUAACGUCGGCUGGAGCUGGCUGGAGCGGUGGAUGGCCACUCGGCUUCCAGAAAGCUCCCCUUUCGAGAACCAUGCAUGGAAGCAGCUCGAGCAAAUGAACAUCACCCAUAGAUCGAUGGUCAGGAAGAGGCUUUUCGAUGUGGCGGGGGAAGAAAAGGAGAGCUGCGGAUCUAAUGAAGUGUCGGUUCAGAUCGAUAGCGUUUCAGUUUCUGCAACGGUAGAGGAUAAGGAUGACUCUGGACAGACUAGGAGUCGCCUCAGAGCCACCAGAAGCAUAUCGAAACGAAAAACCGCUCCAAGCUACCACUGCCCGCAGGCGAGCAAGAGAGAUGGGUCGUGGGAAGAUGAGAAAGACAAGAGGCAGAGGCAGAAGCAGGCUCAGGCUGCUGGAGGAAGCAAGGGAGACAUCAAAUGCAAAGAUGCUUCAUUGCUACUAUCACCUGAUGCUGCUGCAGCAGGCAGUGCGAGCUCAAAAUUGGGUUCUUGACUGAGUCAAGAGGGCAUCAUCAGUUUGUUUGUUGUGUUGAAUUAAUUGUAUAUUGAAUGCAGUGGCUGCUUCUAAAUGGCUUUGGCUUUCCUUUGUAAAUGUUAUGUUACUGAUAAUCUACAUGAAUGCCAAUACAUCGAGUUUGGAUUAGUAUUUUUUGUCA